CGACCUGUUGCUGACAAGCCGGGGAGAGGAGAGGGAGACACGCAGGGUUACUUGGCCUGGGUUUGUUCGCAGAGGAAAUCAUGCAGUUUGCAAUCUGGCUGGUUGGACUAACGUGUCAUCUGUCAGCUUUUGUCCGGGACGCGCUGCAGUACCAGCUGCAUCCGAAACAAGAGAAAUUCAUCCAGCAGCUGUCAUCGUACGAAAUCAUCACCCCGCUGCGCGUAAAUGAUUUUGGCGAAUCAUUUCCCCAUAAGUUGCACUACAGAAGGAGACGGCGGAGUUUGGAUGACGACCUGUCAGGUUUACGGGUUCACUACAGAAUCGAUGCAUUCGGAGAACGAUUUCAUCUCAAUCUCAGCGCAGACUCCGACUUCAUCGCUCCCUCUUACGCGGUGACACACUUGGGAGUGGAACAGAGCAACUUUACGCACUCCAGUGACCCCCCGAGCGAUAUGCGCCACUGCUUCUUUCGAGGACACGUCAACGCCGAGGCGGAAUACCCCGCCGUGUUCAGCCUGUGCACCGGCCUGAUUGGAACUUUUACCACACAAUAUGGUGAAUACUUCUUGGAGCCCCUUUUAAAUGCUGCGGGGGAAGAAUAUGAUGAAGAGCACAACAAACCUCAUCUUGUGUAUCGACAUGAGCGACAGAGGAACAUCUCAGUCACAGACAGCAGCACGCAGCCCUGUGCUGCCUCAGAAGACGCCAAGAGGCUGAUUUCGUUUGGGAGCAGAGUGAUGAAGAUGGGAGAAGACAUGGAUUAUCUUCGAGCUGAGAUAGAUGACCACAACACCACCAACAUCCACCACAGUUUGCCACGCAGACACAAACGCUUCCUUUCCUACCCUCGCUAUGUUGAACUGAUGGUGACAGCAGAUGCCAAAAUGGUGCGUCACCAUGGACGUAACCUGGAGCACUACAUCCUAACAAUCAUGUCAGUAGUAGCGGCCGUGUACAGAGACCCCAGUGUAGGAAAUCUCAUCAACAUCAUGAUUGUCAAGCUAGUCAUCAUCCACAAUGAACAGGAGGGGCCCACAGUGAGCUUUAAUGCUGCCACAACACUUCACAACUUCUGUGUGUGGCAGCAGAGCCAAAACGUCCAAGACGACAGCCAUCCAUCUCACCACGACACCGCCCUCCUCAUCACCAGGGAAGACAUCUGUCGUGCAAAAGAUAAAUGUGACACAUUAGGCCUUGCAGAGUUGGGGACCAUGUGCGACCCGAACCGGAGCUGCUCCAUUAGUGAGGAAAAUGGAAUUAGUGCCUCCUUCACCAUCGCUCAUGAGCUGGGCCAUGUGUUCAACAUGCCUCAUGAUGAUAACCCCAAGUGCAAGGAGGUGGUCAUAAAACAUCAGUAUCAUGUCAUGGCGCCCACCCUCAACUAUGACACCAACCCUUGGUCAUGGUCCAAGUGCAGCCGCAAGUACAUCACAGAGUUUCUCGACACUGGGUAUGGAGAGUGCCUGCUGGAUGAGCCUGUAAGCAGGACAUACGAGCUGCCCACUCUUCUUCCUGGUCAGCUCUACAACGCCAACAGACAGUGUGAACUGAUGUUUGGACCUGGAUCCCAAAUUUGCCCUUACAUGAAACAAUGUAAGAGGCUGUGGUGCACGAGUGCGGAGGGGGACCAUAAAGGAUGUCGCACGCAGCACAUGCCUCUGGCUGAUGGGACUGACUGUGGACACGGAAUGUAUUGCAGACACGGUAUGUGUGUCACAAAGGAGUUGGACGCACAGCCCAUCCAUGGUGAGUGGGGGCCUUGGGGUCCAUACAGUGUGUGCUCCAGGUCCUGUGGUGGAGGAACCCGGAGCACCAGCAGAGACUGCAAUAAGCCUGAGCCCAGAAAUGGCGGUAAGUUCUGUGUGGGUCGCAGGAUGAAAUUCCGCUCUUGCAACACUGAGCCAUGUCCGCGAGGACGAAAAGAUUUUCGCGAAGAGCAGUGCUCUCAAUUCGACGGCAAGCACUUCAACAUCAACGGUCUACCUCCCACCGUCCGCUGGGUCCCCAAAUACAGCGGCAUACUCAUGAAGGAUCGGUGUAAGCUUUUCUGCCGGGUCGCCGGGGCAACAGCGUACUAUCAGCUGAAGGACCGUGUCAUCGAUGGCACGCCGUGUGGAACAGAUACUUAUGACAUCUGCGUUCAAGGCCUCUGCAGGCAAGCAGGCUGCGACCAUGUACUCAACUCAAAGGCCAGGAAUGACAAGUGUGGAGUGUGUGGCGGGGACAACUCAUCAUGUAAAACCUUGGCCGGGACUUUCAACGAUGCUCAGUAUGGUUAUAACAUAGUGGUACGGAUCCCAGCAGGAGCCACCAACAUUGACGUUAAACAGGUCAGCUACUCUGGAAAGCCGGAGGAUGACAACUACCUCGCAUUAUCUGACAGUCAGUCCAACUUCCUCCUGAAUGGGAACUUUGUUGUGGCCAUGUUUAAAAGGGAAAUCACCUUCAAAGGAACUGUCAUUGAGUACAGUGGCUCAGACACAAAAGUGGAGCGCAUCAACUGCACUGACCGUAUCGAGGAGGAGCUCAUUCUGCAGGUCUUGUGUGUUGGAAACCUGUACAACCCAGAUGUCCGUUACUCUUUCAACAUACCCAUUGAGGAACACCAGGAGCAAUUUGUGUGGGAUCCCUCUGGCUCCUGGCUCGAGUGCAGCCGCAUUUGUCAAGGUGAGAGGAGGCGUAAAGUGGUGUGUGUGCGUAAGAGUGAUCACCUUGAAGUAUCGGACCAACGCUGUGAACAUUUACCUCAUCCUGUUGUCAUGACUGAGCCAUGCAACCAGGACUGUGAAGUCAGGUGGCAUGUAGCUGGAAAGAGUGAAUGUUCAGCUAAAUGUGGCCCUGGCUAUCGCAGCCUGGAUGUUCAAUGUAUGAAGUACAGCCUGUUGAAGAGACAAAGUGAGCGGGUGGAAGCCAGUGCAUGUGGAGAUAUCUCCAAACCUCAAACCAGAGAGUCCUGCCACGGAGACUGUCUACUCAAGAGCUGGCAGUACAGUGCCUGGUCACAGUGCUCCAAGACAUGUGGGCGUGGCAGCCGUACCAGAGAGUCCUAUUGUAUGAACAACCUGGGCAGACGGUUGGUGGACAGAGAGUGCAGCGAAUAUCAGAGAGUGGUCACAGAAACCUGCAACAACCAGCCUUGUCCAAAGUGGACUGUCAGUGAGUGGACAGAGUGUCUGGUGACUUGUGGGAAAGGGGUGAGGCACAGGGAGGUGUCCUGUCGUACAGCAGCCAGUGGCGAGAAGCUGAGUGACCAUUUCUGUGACUCAUCCAGUAAACCUUCUGCUGUGGGGAGUUGCAAGCUGCCUGACUGUGCGUCUUGGCAGGUUGGCGUCUGGGGAGCGUGUGCGGUAACCUGUGGUCAUGGCUACCAGAUGAGAGCUGUGAGAUGUGUGUCCGGACUCUAUGGUGAGACAGUAGAUGAUCGAGAGUGCAAUGCUGCAGCUAGGCCCAGAGAUAGCCAGGACUGUGAAAUGCCAGCAUGUCCAUGGGCAUCACCUGCACAAAGCACACCUCAUCCUGACAAGUCUGCUCAGUUCUUGAGUCAGUGGAGAUACGGCUCCUGGACUGCUUGCUCAGUGUCUUGCGGCAAAGGAAAGCAAGAACGUUAUGUCAGCUGCCGUGAUGCCCUCGGGGGAGUGGCUGAUGAAUCAUACUGUGCCCAUCUGACCCGCCCCCAACAGUCAUCCGACUGCUUCAGCCCCUGCGGCCAGUGGCGUGUGGGGGAGUGGUCUCCUUGUUCAGUGACGUGUGGCAUGGGAAGAAGCACCAGACAGGUGGUCUGCUCUAACUACCACCAGCCAGUGGACCAGUCUUUCUGUGACCUGGACAAGAGGCCUGCAGCAGAACAGGAGUGCACUUCUGCACCCUGCUCCCCCAUCAACCACCGUCAGCGCAUCAAUGACCAGCCCUAUGGAUAUCCACAGGACCCUGGACACCAUCCGGGGCACAGCAGCUGGAAUGUUCCAUCAGAAGACAACCAGUGGAGGACGGGACCAUGGGGCGCAUGUUCCAGUACAUGUGCAGGUGGAUUCCAGAGGCGAGUGGUGGUUUGUCAGGAUGCUGAAGGCCGCAGCAACAGUUACUGUGAUGAGAGGGUCAAACCUGCUGAGUCCAAGACAUGCGACUCUGGCCCUUGUCCCUUGUGGAACUAUGGUAUUUGGGGAGAUUGCACCCAGAUAUGUGGCGGAGGAAGAAAGACACGCCUGGUAGUUUGUCAAAGGCCCAACGGCCAAAGACUCAACGACUACAACUGUGACAUUCUCGACAAGCCUCCAGAUGUAGAACAAUGCAACCUGCAGCCCUGCCCAGGCUCUGCCUCCUGGCACCGCCGACCAUGGAAGCCGUGUUCGGUGAGUUGUGGACGUGGGACCAAGCAGCGGGACAUAGCUUGUGUUUACCAGAACCAAACCAAAGUGACCGAAGAACAUUGCGCUCAUCUUCCUCGACCAUGGACACAGAAGGCCUGUCGUACUCGGGCAUGCCCCAGUUGGAAGGCAAGCAGGUGGAGGAAGUGUUCCGUUACCUGUGGAGUUGGAGUUCAGAAUCGAAGUGUGUACUGCAGGUUAAAAGGCACUGGUCGGGUUGGAGAUGAUCUGUGUGAUGCUCAAACACGUCUCGCUGUUGUCCGUCCAUGCCAAUCUGUGGAGUGUGUGCACUACACCUGGAUCGCCAGUGAAUGGGAAAAAUGUAAUGCAACCUGUGGGGAAGGUGUAAGAAGAAGGAAAGUCACGUGCACAGAUCCAGGGUCAACCACCGUUCAGGAUGACUAUUGUGAUCUCUCCUCGCAGCCUCCUUCACAACAACCCUGCAAAAAUGCUCCUUGUCACUACAUGUGGAUGACAGGAGAAUGGUCACAGUGCUCUUCUAGCUGUGGUGUGGGCUACCAGCAACGUAUAGUCUCGUGCACUAUGACGCCUUCAUCUCAGGUCCUGCACUUGUACGCUGCACCAUCCUCUACCCGCACCCAUUGCCCUGAGCCCCACCCUUCUGGCGCACGGCCGUGCUUCCUCAGGGAGUGCCCACACACAGCCUACUGGAAAGUAGGCCCUUGGAGCAAGUGUUCCCAGACAUGUGGUGCAGGCAUGAUGAGGCGCAGCGUGGAGUGUGUGACUUCCAAAGGUCAAACGUCCAAACACUGCCUUCUGUCAGAAAGACCUGACACUCAAGCUGCAUGUCAAGACAGAGAAUGUCAGUCAUACACAUCUUGCCGAGAGGUGCAGAUCAGACAGGGUGUGAGACUGGAUGGGGAAUACUAUCUUAAAGUCAGGUCCCGCAUCCUACAGAUUUACUGUGCUGAUAUGCAGACAGACUUCCCCACAGAGUAUGUGACCUUACGCAGCGGUCAAACAGACAACUACUCUGAGGUGUACGGGUACAGGUUGUUGAACCCCUUUGAGUGUCCCUAUAACGGCAGCCGCAGACAGGACUGUGAAUGUCGGAAUGAUUACUCGGCGGCAGGAUAUACGCUCUUCCACAAAGUUCGUCUGGACCUGGAAUCCCUGAGGAUAGCGACUACAGACCUCCAGUUUUCCCAAACCCUGCUUGGUCGCCCUGUGCCCUUUGCUACAGCAGGAGACUGUUACAGUGCAGCGAAGUGUCCACAGGGUCAGUUCAGCAUCAACCUCAUUGGCACGGGGCUGAAAGUGGCUGAAAGCGCAAAGUGGACAUCACAGGGAAACUAUGUUUCAGUCAAAGUUCACAGAUCUGAGGAUGGAACAAGAAUCUACGGUCGCUGUGGUGGUUUCUGUGGGAAGUGCAUUCCCCAGGCUCUCAAUGGCCUACUCCUACAAGUCCACUGAAGGCCAGGCAGAGACCAAACACAGUGGCCCACGAGCAUGCAAUACUUCAUUUGUUGGACUAUCUGUGAGUUUGGCCUGCAGUAGCAAGACCGAUUCCUAAAUGGCAGCUACAGUACACAAUGAGACAUGAUGUCCUGAGCAGUGUCAAACGUCCACUGUCGGAUCCUGCAUCCAACUUGCUGACAACGAGGAGCCUGAUAAAUGUAUUUAACAGUCAACAGUGUUACUACAAACCUCUGUGCAUCUCUUUUUUUGUUGUUGUUAUUCUCACAUGUUGAUACAUAAUUAGGGACAAUAAGGGACAAUGUCAGUCAAAAUCCCCUCAUUGUUAGUUUUAUUAUGAAAACUUUCUUGUGUAAAAUCAAAGAGGAAAUAGGUUCUCUGUUGCUCAUUUAGUUAUACCUCACCUUCCAUAUUGACAGUUACAUUUGAAGCAUGCACCACUCAGCCUGCUGCCUUAUGAUUACAAGACAGUUUAAAGGGUGAUUUGUAUGUAACGAAAAGUGCAAAAGAUAGACAUUUUGAAUAGUAUGUAAGGGAAAUAACUGAAUGUUCUGUGAUAUGAAAUCGGUAGGGCUCAUAUAGAAAAGGACAAAUACAAAGAAGACACAGUAUUUCGAUGGCAACUACUAAAUAAUCCUUGCUGUACAUUCUUUUGGCAUGACAGGUGCUUUAAAGGGUCAUAUUUUGCACAUGUACUGCAAGCUCAUAUGGGCCAGCAGGUAUAUUAAAAACACAUUAAAAUAUGCAGCAAGAAACAAUCCCCGACACAGAGGUGACAAACAAAAAAGAAUUCAGGUUUCUCAGAAA